AUGGUUCAAUAUGUAAUUACACCUUGGCGAACGCGUCGCGAGCUUAUACAAGUACGCGAAAAACUCUACCAAGAUACUGAGACAGCCCCUCCUAAUGAUACCCAUCGCCGACAAGCCGUAUGCGUCAUCUCCGUAUGGAUGCAACGAGGAAAUUGUCCCCAUCUCGUUGAAUCCUCUGCGAUUAUUACCUCGGCUAUCCUAAAUGAUGUCCCUGAAAAUUCAACAUAUUGUGUCAGAGCUGCUUAUUCUGCUGCUUUUUGUCGAUUCGUCACGGGCCUUCUCGAUAGUCAUCAAGACAAGCGUCGCAAAUUAAGUAUGUACUCCAUUGCGAAAACUAUCGGUUUACCAGCUACAUACGUCGAACUUCGACACCAAGCGACCCAUGAGGAACUUCCAUCGCUCCCCAAGCUUAGAAUGGCCGCGCGCAAAGCGCUGAAAUGGAUUUGGGACUUCUACUGGGCAGACUUAUCAAUCGGUGAAGAGGACGAUGAUUGCUGCAAGACAUUCGUGCGCGGGAUUCUAGAGCGGAAGGAUGAAGGAAUUAAUCUGAAUAUGAUAAAGGAUCGACUUGAGGCCUACGGACGAGGCGACCUUCUUUGCGCGUUGGAUGAACUGGAAGAAUCUUCCGAGGAUCCCCUGACUUUGUUACAAGCGCUCAAAUUCCGACAGAAGAUUUUUGACUGGGAAGAAGCCAAAUCCUCAAAAGACAACGCUUCUUCCUUUCCCCACACACCCACCGGAAAUCUUAAUGAUUUCCGCGCGGAAAUGAUGAAAAUGGAACACGAUUUGGAUGGCGCCGCUGCUGCAUCCAUGCAAGUCGAUGUGGAUCAUAAGCCUUCCACGGAUAAUACGGAAAAAGGCUGGGCGCGCUGGGAGGGACCAUGGGUGCCGAAACCAAUAGGAAUUUUGUGA